AUGGGGGGGGACCAGCUCAUGACGCCCGGUCUCAGCCCGCGGCAGCUGAAAGCCAUGAAGGGCAUAAAAGCAGAGGAAGUCGCCCGGGCUGCCUCGCUCACCACACGGUUUCGGUGCCCGCAGCUGGCAGACCUGCCCGUCCUCAGCCUGCCCAAGGAAACCCUCAAGGCUCACAGCCGGCUGGAGCACAGCACCCAGCCAGCCUUCAUCCACCACCGCGAGUCCCUCUGGAAGGGAUGCCUCAGUGCCUGGCGGGACGUGGGGCUGUGCGGGGUGCUGAAAGAGAUCGCCAAUGCCGAGGAGGAGGGGCUGCAGUGGGUGAAGGCAGGCUCAAGGUACCUGCUGGCAGUGUGCCACUGGCUCUCCUCACUGCAUGGCUCCCUGUUCCCUCACCUCUCGCUAACCAGCGAAGACAUGAUUGCGGCGUUCUCCCAGGCGGUGGACUGGGCCGGCUGCACCAUCCGGGCCUUCGCCUGGCACCCCCACACCAGCAAGUUUGCUGUGGCUCUUCUGGAUGACUCCAUUCGGGUCUACAACUCCAACAGUGCCACCAUCCCCUCGCUGAAGCAUCGCCUGCAGAGGAACGUGGCCGCCAUGGCCUGGAAGCCACUCUGUGCCUCCAUCCUUGCCGUCGCCUGCCAGAGCUGCGUCCUGGUUUGGCACCUGGAUCCCACCUCCCUCUCCACCAGACCAUCAUCUGGCUGCGCUCAGGUGCUGUCCUACCCAGGGCACAGCCCUGUCACCAGCCUGGCCUGGGCUCCCAGCGGGGAGCUGCUGCUCUCAGCAUCACCGGUCAACACAGCCAUGCUGGUGUGGGAUGUGUCCACCGAAAACUGCGUCCAGCUGCAGUGGUUUGGGGGCGGUGGUGUCACUUACUUGGCUUGGUCGCCCGAUGGCAGCAAGGUCCUGGCAGCCGCUCCCUCCGCAGUGUUCAGAGUGUGGGAAGCUCAGAUGUGGACGUGUGAGCGGUGGCCCACUAUCAAAGGACGCUGCCAGACAGGGUGCUGGAGCCCUGACGGCAGCCGACUGCUCUUCACGGUGCUGGGUGCGUCCGUCAUCUACUCCUUGUCCUUCUCGGAGUACAGGGGGGAGAUGCAAGGGCAAGUGGGAGGCUCAAAAACAGCUUCUAUCGUGGCAGAUCUGUCUGAGACCACCUUCGAGACACUCUAUGGGGAGGAGAGGAUUGGAGGAGAAAUCCACUCCAUGGUGUGGGACCCCACCGGUGAGAGACUCGCAGUGAUCAUCAGAGGGCAUGCUGAUGUUCCUGAGAGCCAGACGGUCAUUGCUGUGUUUCGCACCCGCAACAGCCCCGUGUUUGAGCUCCUGCCGUGCGGUUUCCUGCGGGGUGAGUGCGGCGCGCAGCCCCAGCUCAUCGCCUUCCACCCCUGCUUCAAGAAAGGUGCCCUCCUGACCGUGUGCUGGUCCACGGGGAAGAUCAGCCACAUCCCCUUCUUCUUCAUGAGCGCCCACGUCCCCUGCAACAGCUCCAGCCCAAGCCCCGUCAUAGCCAGCACCAGUGUGUGUGAGUAGCCCAUCUUGGAGCUGUGAUAACACCUGGGUCCACAACAGCAUCUUCCUGAAGAGCCGGUGCCAGGACACUCCCUCCGCAUCCUCCAUCCUCCUCCUGGGACACACAGCCCGACCUCAGGUGCCUUUAAUACCUCCUCAGGGUCUCGCAGCUCACAGGGCUCGUGCUGUACAGAUUAAAAGUGGCUCUUUUUCCCCUUGCCUUCUCCAUGCCUUGCUCUUUCCUCAUGC